GGGGGAGCCGGGCAAAGCAGGUCUCUGGGCCUCCGCCUUCCCAGGCCCAGCCCCGGCGCUGCUUCGCUUCCCGACCCGAGGAGUCGAACCGUACAGUUGAAGGGGCCUCUCGGGGCAUUUAGCCGCCAUGGGCCCGGUCUUUUCCACAGCAUGGAACGUACCAUCUGCGCGGACUCCCCUCGCCAUGCACUGCGGCGAAGGCUGUGCCUUUUUCGCACAGCAAUAGCAGCAGCAGCAGCAGCAGCUGGAGCAUCACAAUAUUAUUAUUAUUAUUAUUGCUAUUACCAUUACUGCUCCUACUAUUGUUGACAACUCUUAUUUUUAAUAUAUAUAAUCAUAUUUAUAUAUAAAGGCAGCAUGUCGGUUGCCUUUGCUUCUGCUCGCCCAAGAGGCAAAGGAGAGGUCACCCAGCAAACUAUCCAGAAGAUGCUGGAUGAAAAUCAUCAUCUAAUACAGUGCAUAAUGGACUAUCAGAGCAAAGGAAAAACAGCAGAAUGUACUCAAUAUCAACAAAUCUUGCACAGAAAUCUGGUUUACUUGGCGACAAUAGCAGACUCAAACCAGAAUAUGCAGUCACUGCUUCCUGCUCCACCAACGCAAAACAUGUCUCUGGGCCCAGGAGGAAUGAAUCAGAGCACAUCCAACCAGUCUCUUCAUCCACAGAGCAACCUCAGUGAUGCAAUCGGGACGGGCCUUCCACCUUCCUCCCUCAUGCAGAGUCAGAUUAGCAACGGUCCCAAUCAUGUGUCUAUGCAACAGUCAGGCCAGAACACCAUGCCCACAACUUCCCUGAGCAUGACUGUCAGUAGCCACGGAACUGGGCCCGGCUAUAGCCAUACAGUGCCUGCGUCUCAGAAUGUACCAAUGCAAGGCCAGGGGUCGAUAGGCAACUAUGUCUCACGAACAAAUAUCAACAUGCAAUCUAACCCAGUGUCCAUGAUGCACCAGCAAGCAGCAACGUCACAUUACAAUUCUGCGCAAGCAGGGACUCAGCAUUACCAAGGGCAGUCUUCCAUUGCCAUGAUGAGUCAGAGUAACCAAGGCAACAGCAUGAUGGGACAACGGCCGAUGGGUCCCUAUCGACCUUCGCAGCAAGGUUCCUCUCAGCAGUACAUGGGCCAGGAGGAAUACUACAGUGAGCAGUACAGUCACGGACAAGGUUCAUCAGAGCCCAUGAACCAGCAAUAUUAUCCUGACGGUCAUAGUGACUAUGCGUAUCAGCAGUCAUCUUAUUCUGAACAAAGCUAUGACAGAUCAUUUGAGGAGUCCACACAGCACUACUAUGAAGGCGGAAAUUCCCAGUACAGCCAGCAGCAGGCAGGAUACCAACAGGGAGCUGCCCAACAGCAGACGUAUUCACAGCAGCAAUACCCAAACCAACAGAGUUACCCAGGACAACAACAAGGAUAUGGUCCUGCCCAAGGAGCUUCAUCACAGUAUUCUAGUUAUCAACAGGGCCAGGGGCAACAGUAUGGAAGUUACAGAGCUUCUCAGACAGGACCAUCAGCACAGCAACAGAGGCCUUAUGGCUAUGAGCAGGGCCAGUAUGGAAACUAUCAGCAAUAAUAGGACAAGCACCUGUGUCAAAUUUGUUUCAAUAUUUAUGUCCGUUUUUUGAACCUGGAUGUACGGGCAGUUUUUGAUUAACUGUAAUAUGUUACCCCGUUAGCACAAAAGGAGCAUCUGUAUAUGAAAUAGUAUUCAUUUCAUGCUGGAUAUGAAGCAGUGCACUACUGGUAACAAGGCAAUGCUUUAAUGGUUUGGUAUAUUUUGGUGGUGUGUAUAGUAUUGUAUGUUGAUACAAUGCAGAGGUUCUUCUUCCUUAGCCCCACAACCCCUUUUGAUGUUUUAAACUAGUUUUAGAGGUCAACGGAUGAUUGGACUUGUAUGUACCCAACCCUGUCCCUACAACAUUUGGAAACACAUUAGACAUGUAACUGAGUUCGUCUCCAUUCUCUAGUCAUGUAGGUAUGUAACAUUGGUUUCUAAUGUGAAAUACCAGCCCAGAUGCAUUAUUUAUUUUGUAUGUACUGCCCUCAGAAAUCCAUAAAUCUGAACUGGAGCAGAUUAGGAUAGGUUCUUCUUUUGUUGGUUGGUUGUUUACACAUAACUGAUUUCUGUUCCAAAUUGCACAAAUGUAUGGAUGGAAAUUUGAUUUGUCAAAUCUCAUUAAUGUGCAGCAGUAACUUUAUACAGCAGUGGUUAGGACUUAUCUAAACUGCCGACCUUUCCUCUGGUUAUUUACUAUUGCAAGUUAAUUCCUGAAUUAACAUGGGAACUGACCUUGUCAUGCCCAUAUAGCUAUGUGUCCCAUAAUAGGUCAAUACCAAAGAAGCAUUGAAUUGUGGCACAUUCCAUGUUAGUGAGCCUGGAAAUGUCAUUGUGGAUUUAAUUUGGUUAUGGAAAAGGAGUCUUGAAGUUGGUAAGGGGAAAUAUUGAUUCCUUUUGGUUUAUAUAAUGUCCUUGGGAGCAUUUGCUGCGGUUGUAAAAUCUCCUUUCCUUGUAAUCCAUAUUUUAUAUGCAAACUUAUGUUACUACAGAAAUUGGUAUCAGUUUCAGCCAGGAGUGUAGCUACAGGAGCUACAGGGUGGUAGCAAUACAAUGGCAUUACCGGCCCCUUAAAAAUAAUAAUCCUCUCCCAAUGAUUUUUUCCUUCAGUCCCUACAUUUAUAGCAUUGCAGCCAGUUACAACUUAAGUUGUUCACUCAGAAAUACAGAGAAAAUAAUUUACAACUUGAGUUGUGUGCUUAGAAAUAUAGUUAAGGCAUCCAGAGAAAAGAUGCAUGCAAAGUUCCCAACAGAAUGCAAACACAACAAACAGAAGAGUCCCAAGGUACACAAUUUUCAGGGUUUCACUCACAACAAUGCUAGAAAAGUGGGGAAUGAAGAAGACUUUCAUGGAGGAGGGGGCAGAAUUCUUAAGGGGGGGACAGUGUCCUCAUCUUGCACACACACACCCAGCCAUGUGAUUCACAGCAUAAAAAGAGCACAUUUGAGGAUAGCUCGUUGAUGCUAUUUAACAGGCCCUGCUAAUACUGUGUUGGAUUCUGUGGAUCUUAGGGCAGAAGCAGACGGCUCGGAAGGAACAAUCUCUGGCUGCAAUCGCUCUGGGAUUGUGGUGACCAGACAGCCUGCUCUUGGAUUGGGCCAUCACUGUGGUCCCAAAUGGGCCGCCAGCAGGAGCAGAUUAAAUCUGCUCCUUUUGCCGUCAGCAGCCUCGGAGCGGCUUCCAACUGCUUUGAGGAUGUGCAUCAUCUAAACGCCAUACCUCGGAAGCAGCUGAAGAUGCUCUAUUUGGCAUGUCUGUUUCAGGCCCUAGUUUUUCUACUAAGUUAUGUAAAGUGCUAAUAGUACAAAGUCCUUCUUCACAAUGUUGGAAAAGUAUGUCCUUAUCAGGAAGGCAACAUCAUGACAACCUGUUGGAGUGAUGGACAGGUGAACUGUUAUGCUUCCAUCUCUAUAGACUGCCCAAUUUUGCAAAGGGAUUUGGGAUUUUUUUUUUAACGCAACAGUGUCUCCCAGGAAAUUUUCUUCCUUCAGGGGUGGCAAGUAUGCAAAUCCACUGAAUUCCCUGCCUCCUCCUCCCCUCUCCACACAUAACCAAUGUAUUGCAGAAUAGAGCAUGCCUGAAUGACUCACAACCACAAGGACUUUUGCAGCUGG